AUGAGGCAAUUUGUGGAGAUGGUGUGUAAUAGGGAGUUUAUGAACAAAGCGCCCGAUGAAGCUUGGGAUUAUUUUGAUCUCUUGGCCGAAAAUGCUCAAGUCUGGGACACCACAGAGAGGACUGAUAAGGCAAAACUUGAACCUAGUUCUAGGGGAGGUUUAUAUCACAUUAAAGCAGAUGAGGAUAUAAGUGAUCGUAUUGCUACAUUGACAAGGAAGGUGGAGGCAUUAGAGUUGAGCAAAGUGGGUGUGACUAAGAAUCCCAAACCAAUUGAGAUUAGCUGUGAGAUUUGUGAAGCUAAUGUGCAUUUGACCAAGGAUUGUCCCACAAUCCUUGCUUUCAAAGAGGUGUUGCAUGAACAGGCCAAUGCAGCCAAUGCAUAUCAAAGACCAUUCAGUUCACCCUAUUCUGAGACGUAUAAUCCUAACUUGCGGAAUCACCCGAAUUUUAGUUGGAGAAAUGGUCAAUCUGCAAAUGAACCUCAAGGAUCUUCUUCUCAUGCGCCUUAUGUGCCACCACAUAAGCAAACCUUGGAGGAAACAUUGCAAGCUUUCAUACAAAGCCAAAAUCAGAUCAACCAAGAAGUAAAAAACUCAAUUGGUAGAAUUGAGUCUCAGUUGAAUGUGAGAGAGAAAGGAAAGUUUCCAGCCCAACCUGAACCUAACCCAAGGACUCGAGCUGGGGUAAAUGAAGUCAGCAAUACUCAAGUGGAACAUGCCAAGUCUAUCACUAUCCUUAGGAGUGGAAAGAUGGUUAAUAAAGAGGUCCCAACAAAAGUUUCACCAUCUAAGGGAGAUUUCGAAACCAAGGAAGAUGGCAAGCCUAGUGAGGGUGGAGAUGUUGUGGAGAAAGUGUAUGAACCUGUUGCCCCAUUUCCCCAAAGGUUGCUUGCACCUAAAAAGGGAACAGAAAAUCAAGAUAUUUUGGAAGUGUUCAAGCAAGUGAAGAUAAACAUUCCUUUGUUAGAUGCCAUCAAACAAAUUCCUUCAUAUGCCAUAAAAACUUAUGCCAGGUUUGGCCGAAAAAUCCACUGGAACCGCCGGAUUCCGAUUAUGACCGCCGAUCCUGGAGGAUCGGACCUCCCUGGGCUCACGGGUUCACAGGAUCCUUUCCGGGUUGAUGGGUUUUAG